AUCGAAUUUGUUUAAUUUAAGGCGCUUUCUCAAAAAUAUUGUCAGAACACAAAAUUAGCAGUAAACAUAUUUUUUUUUUUUUAUUAUUUGUCCAAAACGUCAUAGACAUUUGUGUGAAAAGAGCACUGUAAACUGAAUUCAGAAACAGUAUUACCAAAGAUGGGCAAGGAUUUUUAUAAGACUCUCGGCAUUAGUCGCAACGCUAGGGACGACGAGAUAAAGAAGGCAUAUAGAAAAUUGGCGCUUAAAUACCAUCCGGACAAGAACAAGAGCUCCAAAGCCGAGGAACGUUUCAAAGAGGUGGCUGAAGCAUAUGAGGUGCUUUCGGAUAAAAGGAAACGUGACAUCUACGACCAAUAUGGCGAAGAGGGCCUCAGGCACGGAAUACCCGGCCACCAGAGCGAUCAAAGUGGCUCGACCUUCGCUUAUCAGUUCCAUGGAGAUCCGCGUGCGACAUUUGCACAGUUCUUUGGGUCGAGCGAUCCGUUCAGCAUGUUUUUCGGCGAGAACCUUGAGCAGAUCUUUAUGACGGACGAUAAUAGUCCGCGCGGUCUAUGGGGCAAUGUGGGUCAUUUUCAGUCACGUCCUGAACAGGAUCCACCCAUAGAGCAUGAACUGUACGUGGCACUGGAGGACAUUAACACUGGCUGUUAUAAGAAGAUGCAAAUCUCGCGCAUUAAACUGACAAACGGCCAGCCACGCAAAGAGGUCAAAUUACUAGAUAUUGAGAUCAAGCCCGGCUGGAAAUCCGGCACCAAGAUCACAUUUCCCAAGGAGGGCGACGAGGGACACAAUCGCAUACCGGCCGACAUAGUGUUCAUAAUACGUGACAAGCCGCAUCCACUGUUCCAACGUGAGGGCAGCGACAUUCACUACACUGCACACAUAUCACUGAAGCAGGCGCUAUGCGGAGCCACCGUUCAAGUGCCCACAUUGCAGGGCGUUCCGUUUCCGUUUUGUACCAGCGGCGAGAUCAUUAAGCCAAGUACGUUGAAACGUUUUAAUGAUCGCGGCCUGCCCUAUCCAAAGAAUCCGUCACGCCGAGGCGCGCUCUGCGUUAAUUUCAACAUCACCUUUCCAGACACAUUGCCCACACGCCUGAUCACGACACUGGGUGAGCUGCUGCCCAAUUGCUAGCAACACGCAUACACACAUACAAUUCCAGAUUACUCGUUUAAUGUAAAUUCCUUGUCAAAUGGUGCAAAUGGAGCUAAACAAUAUAGCCAUAUAGCUACGA